AUGGCGACUGAUCUAGAGUCCUCCUAUGAGAAGGCUCCUAUUUCAGGGGACGGCCACCAUGACCAACACUUUAGCGACUAUGGCAAAACACCAAUUGAACGAGAGACAAAGGACGGUCGUGUUGACUGGGACGGGCCGGACGAUCCCCAGAAUCCGCGGAACUGGCCAGCGUGGAAACGUAUGACCCAAGUCAUCCUCGCCAGCGCUUUCCUGCUGACGGCUAACCUCGCCGCGACAAUGUUUGCUCCUGGAGCUGCCGCGCUUGCUAAGGAUUUCCAUAUCACGAAUUCCACCCUCGUCAGUCUUACCGUAUCUAUUUACCUCUGUGGCUUCGCUCUUGGACCCAUGUUCAUUGCACCGCUUUCUGAAUUGUACGGACGCCUUGUGAUCUACCACACCUGCUAUGUUUUUUACUUAGGCUUCAUUCUCGGGUGUGGACUGAGCAAAAACACCGGCAUGUUUCUCGUGUUUCGAUUCCUUGCCGGAUGCGCUGCAUCGGGUCCAUUGACAGUUGGCGGAGGGACCGUCGCCGAUGUCAUUCCGCCGGCUCAGCGUGGGAGAGCAAUGUCUCUAUUCUUCAUGGGACCACUUCUAGGACCAGUCCUGGGGCCAAUUAUCGGUGGCUUUGUGUCCGAAUCAAUCGGCUGGCGGUGGACCUUUUGGCUCAUCGAAAUCCUAGCAGGGGUAUCCUUUGUCAUAUCAAUCUUCUUCCUCCAUGAGACGAACGCCACCGUGCUGCUAGAAUGGAAAGCUGCUCGUCUGCGGAAAGAAACUGGCAAUACUGCUCUGGUUUCGACAAUGGAUCAAGGCCUGACCCCACGCCAACUAUUCCUCCGUGCUAUUAUUCGACCAACAAAGCUUCUCAUUCUAUCACCAAUCGUGCUCCUCCUUUCUCUCCUGUGCGCUUUCGUGUUCGGUCUCCUCUUUCUGCUGUUCACCACGUUUCCAACAGUCUUCGAGGAGCAAUAUCACUUCUCCGCCGGUGUUUCUGGCUUGUCAUAUCUCGGCGUUGGAAUUGGAAUGCUUAGUUCCCUCGCCAUCUUUGCCACUGUGACCGACAAAAUGCAAAAGGCACUUGGAGAAUCCCCCAAACCUGAAGCACGCCUAAAGCCCAUGAUAUGGGUCAUGCCCGCCGUGCCCGUUGGCAUCUUCUGGUAUGGUUGGACAGCCGAGAAGCAGACUCAUUGGAUCGUGCCCAUCAUUGGCACCUGCUUCUUUGGAUUCGGUGUUCUCUGGGUUGCAUUACCCGCUCAGCUUUAUAUGGUGGAUGUUUUUGGCCCUGAGGGUGCCGCCUCUGCAUUAGCUGCGAACGUGGUUCUCCGACUUCUUGCAGCAGCUUUCAUUCCAUUGGCAGGGCCUUCUUUAUAUGCUGAUCUGGGACUUGGGUGGGGAAACAGCGUCCUAGGCUUCAUAGGCAUGGCUUUCCUUCCAGUCCCACUCCUCUUCCAUCGCUACGGAGGGUGGCUCAGGGAGAGUUUUCCUGUGAAGCUAUGA